GUCAGUGAUUGUUGUUGUUUGGCGCGGGGAAGAUGGAGGCGGAUGGUGGGGUGUCCGCGCAGCUCCUAAGGGAGUUCACAGCCAUAACCGGUGCCGGUGAAAGUGUGGGUAAGCACAUGUUAGAAGCAUGUAAUCAUAACCUGGAGAUGGCAGUCACCAUGUUCCUGGAUGGAGGUGGCAUGGCGGAGGAGCCCAGUACCAGCUCGGCUGGGACUUCUACAGCCCACCCUUCCACUGAAGAUGACGUCAGAGCACCAAUUCCACAAAAGCAAGAAAUCCUUGUGGAGCCUGAAAUGUUCGGUGCUCCUAAAAGACGAAGACCGGCUCGUUCAAUAUUUGAUGGUUUCCGGGACUUCCAGACUGAAACCAUCCGUCAAGAGCAGGAGCUGCGGAAUGGAGGAGCUGUGGAUAAGAAGCUCACAACACUUGCUGACCUCUUCCGACCACCAAUUGACCUUAUGCAUAAAGGCAGUUUUGAGACAGCCAAGGAUUGUGGGCAGUUACAGAACAAAUGGCUAAUGAUUAACAUUCAGAAUGUGCAGGAUUUCGCGUGCCAGUGCUUAAAUAGGGACAUCUGGAGCAAUGAUUCUGUGAAGACACUUAUACGAGAGCAUUUCAUCUUCUGGCAGGUAUACCAUGACAGCGAGGAGGGGCAAAGAUACAUUCAGUUCUACAAGCUGCCACAAUUUCCUUAUGUCUCUAUAUUGGAUCCUCGUACAGGACAGAAAAUGGUAGAAUGGCACCAGCUGGAUGUGACCUCCUUCCUGGAGCAAGUUACAGGGUUUUUAGGGGAACACGGGCAGCUUGAUGGACUAUCAACCAGCCCCCCCAAGAAAAGAUUACGAUCUGAAAGCCUUAUUGAUGCCAGCGAGGAUAGCCAGCUGGAGGCUGCUAUCCGUGCCUCCUUACAGGAGACACAUUUUGAUUCUGCAGCCAACAAGCGAACGCCUCGUUACGAAGAGGAAUCUGACUCGGAGUUAUACUCGGGGAGCGAGGAAUUCAUCUCUGUCUGUGGUUCAGACCAUGAGGACGAGGACAAUCCCGAUGUGGAAUCAUCUAAUGAACAGGAGAACUUCAACAGCAAGCCAACAAUGUCCCCUGUUACAGAACUAAACCACAGGACGGACGAAAUGGAAAGGACACUGCCUGCUGAGAAUGAAAAAACAGAGGAAGAUGUCACAAACCACAUAUCCCAACCAGCAAACACAGUUCAUGCUGAUGAAAAACCGGGGUGCUCAGGAGAAGGCGCUGAGACCAAUGGACCAAAAGCUAAACUAAUGCUCCGUUACCCAGAUGGCAAAAGGGAACAGAUUUCAUUACCGGAAAAGGCCAAGUUACUGGCUUUAGUCAAGCAUGUGCAACUCAAAGGAUAUCCCAAUGAACGAUUUGAGCUCCUUACAAACUUUCCACGGCGGAAGCUGUCACACCUGGACUAUGAUGUCACAUUACAGGAAGCUGGACUAUGCCCGCAAGAGACUGUCUUUGUACAGGAAAGGAAUUAAUAU